UGUGACAGUCCGUUUGACGUGUAAGCAAUACUCACAUACACUCGGUAAACAACUCAGAAAAAAUGCUGGUGCAUUUUCAAGUAUCGUAUCAAUUAUAAAAUAAUUGUUUAAAUUAGGACUUAAUAAAUUGCAAUUGAAAUUAAAUUGAGUGGAAUUCCGACAUUUUUUUCCGUCUCUCUUACUCUCUCGCGUCAUAAAAGCGUUGCGUGUUUUUUUAGUGUAUAGAAAUGGCAGUCGUUCAGCCGAAAAAAGAUCAUUUGUUAGCAUUGAAAGUGAUGCGAUUGACGAGGCCCACGUUAGUUUCGCCCGAUGUGUUUGUGUCGGAGUCAACCGAUUUGCCCGGAAAUUUAUUCAAUCAAUUGCGUGAAAAUGAUGCGACAAACGUGAAGGGAUCGGACAUUGCCGGUGGUCAAUUCAUGCUAUUGCCACAAAGUUUUGGUAAUAUUUAUUUGGGCGAGACAUUCUCCAGUUAUAUUUGCCUGCACAACUGUACAACGCAUCCGGUGGAAUCGGUGUCGGUAUCAGCCGAAUUGCAAUCAGAUAAGGCAAAAAUAUCGUUGCCCAUCAAUGAAAAUAAACCGAUGAAUAUUACAUUGAAUGCAAAUGAAACGAUUGACGAUGUAAUCCACCAUGAAGUGCGUGAAAUUGGUGUACAUAUUUUGGUGUGCGAAGUCCAUUAUAAAACACCAGCCGGUCUCGAUGAGAGUUUUCGGAAAUUUUUUAAAUUCCAUGUACUCAAGCCGUUGGAUGUGCAAACGAAAUUCUAUAAUGCCGAAACCGAUGAAGUCUAUUUAGAAGUGCAAAUACAAAAUAUCACCGCCGGUCCGAUAUGCUUGGAAACUGUUGAGCUGCAAAAUACCGAUAAAUACACCGUCACAUCGUUGAAUACACUAUCGAAUGGGGAAUCUGUGUUUAAAUCAAAAAAUAUGCUGCAACCGCAGAACUCGUGUCAAUUUUUGUACUGUAUUAAACCGAUACCGGAGCUGGCUGGCAAUUUGAAACAAUUGAAAUUGGAAAAAAAUAUCGGAAAAUUGGACAUUUUGUGGCGUUCCAAUUUAGGUGAACGAGGUCGAUUACAAACCAGUCAAUUGGAACGCAGCCCCAUCGAAUAUGGUGACAUUCGAUUGACGGUAAUUGAAGCCAAAAACAUUGUGAAAAUUGGCGAAGUAUUCGAUUUUAUGUGUCGUGUCACGAACACCAGCGAACGCGUCAUGGAAUUGCAAUUAAAACUGAACGCCAAACCGGAAUUAGGGUGUCAAUAUACGGGUUCAACGGAUUUUUUACUCGGCACCAUCGAACCCGAAGCCAGCAAAGAUUUUCGAUUGAGCGUAUUCCCUGUUAAAAUUGGCCUGAUUUCGGUAACACAACUCCAACUCACCGACACAUUCCUGAAACGAACCUACGAAUUUGAGGACAUUGUCCAAGUGCUGGUCGUUGACAAAGACUAUUGUGAUGAUGAAGAAUUCGAAAUGGAUAAAUACGUACGAUAUGAUUCAGAUAAACCGGCGGCAGCGCCAGCCGUAUAGCGACCAGAUCGUGUAACGAAGAACAAAGACAACCAGUCCAUUGGAUCCAAUCAAAUAAUUUAAAUCUGUGCAUUACUUAGCAAAUUAUAAAACAUGCGAAACCAUUCGCUGCCCGAGAUUAUAAUAAAUUCGAGGCGGUCAUGUUU